AUGUCAGCUCUGAAGAAGGUUUUGCCAGGCAUACUGCAGAAGCAUUGCUGUAUUUUACCAGACAGGAACACAGAAUCACAGUGCACACUGUGUGGUGAACCAGAAGACCAGCAGUAUUCAUGGUCGCCCUCGCAGUACUUCGAUGAGGACAGCUACUCCCCUCCACCCAGAAACAUGAAGGGUCUUUCUGGCCGCCCCACCCAGCUCCAACUCACCUCUCCCACCUCAGCCCACACCUGCGGCCUGGCCGACUGCGAUCACUCCCUAGACCACCACCUCCACCAUGGGGACUCACGGCCCCCCUCCUACCUCCUCAGCCCCACUGAGAGCUGCCCUCUUGAGGGUCAUCACCGCUGCUCCCCACGGAGCUCCAUCCACUCUGAGUGCAUGGUGAUGCCUGUGUCUAUGUCCACCACUGACCACUCCGUCUCUAGCAGCACUUUUCCCCGCAUGCACUAUGGCAGCAGCAGGGACUCCCGAGACGACGGUGGCUCAUCGUCACACGGCGGCAGUGGCAAAAUGAACAGAAUCCCAGCCAAUCUCCUGGACCAAUUUGAGAAGCAGAUGCCUCUGCACCGUGACGGCUUCCACACACUGCAGUACCAACGCACUUCCACCACCACCACCACCACGGAGCAACGCAAUGAAAGCCCCGGGCGAAUACGCCACCUAGUCCACUCGGUGCAGAAGCUCUUCACUAAGUCCCACUCUCUAGAGGGAUCCUCCAAGAUGAAUGGUACCAAAGGUGACUCGCACCGGGAUGGCUCACACCACCACCAUCACCACCACCACAGCCACCAUAAACACAGCAAACGCAGCAAGAGCAAAGAACGCAAAGCUGAUGGCAGCGGCAAGCAGCGCUCGGGAGGGUGGUGGAGCUCGGACGACAACCUGGACAGUGACAGCACGUACCGCACGCCGAGCGUCAUGUCACGACACCCGGUAGAUCACAUCAGCCACUGCUACCCUGACUCAGUGCACGGGCACCUGCCAGGGGACCUGUCACUGAAGACCUCCAAGAGCAACAAUGACGUCAAGUGCUCGGCCUGCGAGAGCAUAAGCAUGGCGCCGGAGGGCAAGUUCAUGAAAAGGAGCUCCUGGUCCACAUUGACAGUCAGCCAAGCCAAGGAGGCCUACAGGAAAUCUUCACUCAACCUGGAGAAACCGAUGACGCCCACUGAUCUCAAGCCCAACCUCAGACCCUGCCACUAUCUACAGGUGCCCCAGGAUGAGUGGGGAGGUUACCCCGGCGGUGGGAAGGAUGAUGAAAUCCCUUGUCGUAGGAUGAGGAGCAGCAGCUACGUUAAAGCCAUGGGGGACGAGGAGAGCGGGGAGUCGGACUCCAGCCCCAAGACCUCGCCGCAGAAGACGGUCCGGCCAGACGCCCUGGUCAAGGCCAUCAUCAGGCCCAGGGACCUGCUGGACUCCCAGAGUCAGAGCUACCACUUGCAAGCCACCAGGGACAUGCACCCUAGCAUUGCCCUGGAUCCCUCUGCCAACUACAACUCGCCCAAGUUUCGCUCCAGGAACCAGAGCUACAUGCGAGCCGUCAGCACGCUCAGUCAGGCUAGCUGUGUUAGCCAGGUGAGUGAGACAGAGAUAAAUGGCCAGUUUGAGUCAGUGUGCGAGUCGGUGUUCAGCGAGGUAGAAUCACAGGCCAUGGAGGCUUUGGACCUGCCCGGCUGUUUCAGAACCAGAAGCCACAGCUACCUGCGGGCCAUCCAGGCUGGCUACUCCCAGGACGAUGACUGUAUCCCCCCCAUGGCCUCUUCCACUGUCACCUCCACCAUCCGGUCCACCACAGCUGUCACCUACACACCCAGCUACAAGAAGACCCCUCCACCAGUCCCGCCCCGCACCACUUCCAAACCCCUAAUCUCUGUCACGGCCCAGAGCAGCACCGAGUCCACCCAGGACGCCUAUCAUGAGGGGAGGCACCCUCGUGGCGGGAUGUGGGCGUCUGACGGCCUCGGGCUGGGGCUGAGCCUGGGCAGGGCCCUCUAUAACUCCACCGACAGCCUGGACAGCACCAAGGCCGUGACGAUAGCCAUGGAGGCGGCCGGGGUCAUGGCUGGGAAAAGACACCCGUCAACGGACAGUCACAGCUCGGUCCUGACCUGUGACAAGGCCGUCCUGGUGUCCAAGGCCGAGGAGUACUUGAAGACGCCUCGCUCCUCUAUAGGGAUACAGGUGGAAGCAGCCACGGACUCGGAAUCGGAAAGCAAAGGCUCGCGGGAAUACCAUUCUGUCGGGAUCCAGGUGGAGGAUGAAAAAAAAGGACAGGGCAGGUUCAAACGUUCCAACAGUGUGACUGCAGCCGUGCAGGCCGACCUGGAGAUGGAGGGCUUCCCUACAAUGGAGGACAAGGGCCUGCAGUUCGGUGGGGGCUUCCAACGCCACUCAGAGCCCAGCACGCCCACCCAGUACGGGGCAGUGCGCACCGUACGCACCCAGGGCCUCUUCAGCUACCGCGAGGAUUACCGCACCCCUGCCGAGCCCCCUAGCCCCAGGGAGACCAGCAGCGAGACCACCUGGCAGCUGGAGCCACCUUCCCCGAGGGAGAGCGCGGCCUCGUCGGGCGAGUCGGGCAGGGCAUCCCCUUCCCUGCGGAGGGACGGCAGCUGGUUCAUGCAGCUGCUGCACACAGAGACCAAGAGGAUGGAGGGCUGGUGCAAGGAGAUGGAGGCUGAGGCGGAGGAGAACGACCUGUCAGAGGAAAUCCUAGGUAAAAUCCGGAGUGCAGUGGGGAGCGCUCAGCUGCUCAUGUCUCAGAAAUUCCAGCAAUUCUACUGGCUGUGUCAGCAAAACCUGGACCCCAGUGCGAUGCCGCGGCCCACCUCUCAGGACCUGGCUGGGUUCUGGGACCUGCUGCAGCUUUCCAUCGACGAUGUCACCAUGAAGUUUGACCAGCUGCAGCAGAUCAAGAACAACAACUGGAGGCCCAUAGACAGCCCAGAGAAGAAACCACCAGCUCCAGUACCAAAGAAGACAGUGCGUCAGAAGAGCGCGGUGACGAGGGAGAAAUCCCUGGACCUCCCAGACAGGCACCGGCAGGAGGCCCGUCGGCGACUCAUGGCAGCCAAGCGGGCGGCCUCCUUCCGGCAGAACUCGGCCUCGGAGCGAGCGGACAGCAUCGAAAUCUAUAUCCCCGAGGCUCAGACUAGACUUUGA